GCCUGGUGGCUGCCGCAGGGCCCGGCGUCCGGCUUCAGCGGCGCGAGGGCGGCCGGAGGCCUGGCCGGGUGCCGCCCCUCCACCCCGCGCGAGUGAGACGCCGUCCUCGGAGAAGAUGGAAGAGGAGAGGCGGCCGGCGCCGGGCCCGCCCUCCGAGGGCCUGUUUGCGGACGGGCACCUGGUCCUGUGGACGCUGUGCUCUGUGCUGCUGCCGGUGUUCAUCACCUUCUGGUGUAGCCUCCAGCGGUCGCGCCGGCAGCUGCACCGCAGGGACAUCUUCCGCAAGAGCAAGCACGGGUGGCACGACACGGACCUGUUCAGCCAGCCCACCUACUGCUGCGUGUGCGCGCAGCACAUUCUGCAGGGCGCCUUCUGCGACUGCUGCGGGCUCCGCGUGGACGAGGGCUGCCUUAAGAAGGCUGACAAGCGCUUCCAGUGCAAGGAGAUCAUGCUCAAGAAUGACAGCAAGGCCCUGGACGCCAUGCCCCAUCACUGGAUCCGCGGCAACGUGCCCCUGUGCAGUUACUGUGUGGUGUGCAAGCAGCAGUGCGGCAGUCAACCUAAGCUCUGCGAUUACAGGUGCAUUUGGUGCCAGAAAACAGUACAUGAUGAGUGCAUGAAAAAUAGCUUAAAGAAUGAAAAGUGUGAUUUUGGAGAAUUCAGAAACCUCAUCAUUCCACCAAGUUAUUUAACCUCCAUUAAUCAGAUGCGUAAAGACAAAAAAACAGAUUAUGAAGUGCUAGCCUCUAAGCUUGGAAAGCAGUGGACCCCAUUAAUAAUCCUGGCCAACUCUCGUAGUGGAACUAACAUGGGAGAAGGACUGUUGGGAGAAUUUAGGAUCUUGUUGAAUCCAGUCCAGGUUUUUGAUGUAACUAAAACUCCUCCUAUCAAAGCCCUACAACUUUGUACUCUUCUUCCCUAUUAUUCAGCUCGAGUACUUGUUUGUGGAGGGGAUGGGACUGUGGGCUGGGUCCUGGAUGCAGUCGAUGAAAUGAAGAUUAAGGGACAAGAAAAAUACAUUCCACAAGUUGCAGUCUUGCCUCUGGGAACAGGCAACGAUCUAUCCAAUACAUUGGGUUGGGGCACAGGUUAUGCUGGCGAAAUCCCAGUCGCACAGGUGUUAAGAAAUGUAAUGGAAGCUGAUGGAAUUAAACUAGAUCGGUGGAAAGUUCAAGUAACAAAUAAAGGAUACUACAACUUAAGAAAACCGAAGGAAUUCACAAUGAACAACUAUUUUUCUGUUGGACCCGAUGCUCUCAUGGCUCUCAAUUUUCAUGCUCAUCGAGAGAAGGCACCGUCUCUGUUUUCUAGCAGAAUUCUUAAUAAGGCUGUUUACUUGUUCUAUGGAACCAAAGAUUGUUUAGUGCAAGAAUGUAAAGAUUUGAAUAAAAAAGUUGAGCUAGAACUGGAUGGUGAGCGAGUAGCAUUGCCUAAUUUGGAAGGUAUUAUAGUUCUGAACAUUGGCUACUGGGGCGGUGGCUGCAGACUUUGGGAAGGGAUGGGGGACGAGACUUACCCUCUAGCCAGGCACGAUGAUGGUUUACUGGAAGUCGUUGGAGUAUAUGGGUCUUUCCACUGCGCUCAGAUUCAAGUGAAACUGGCAAAUCCUUUUCGAAUAGGACAGGCACAUACCGUGCGGCUGAUUUUGAAGUGCUCCAUGAUGCCAAUGCAGGUAGAUGGGGAGCCUUGGGCUCAAGGGCCCUGUAUUGUCACCAUAACUCACAAGACACACGCAUCGAUGUUAUAUUUCUCUGGAGAACAAACAGAUGAUGACAUCUCUAGUACUUCGGAUCAAGAGGACAUAAAGGAGACUGAGUAGAUGGAUAAGGAAAUGAAAAUUUAACAUAGACGCCUCUCAAGUAGAUACAUGUUCAUCCAAAAGUAGAAAUUCUCUAGUAGCUAUUCAGUCUUAAUUUCACUAGUAGUAUAAUGGGUAUACAUUUAUGUAACUAGCAUCCCCAAAACAGCCAACUUCUAGUUAUUUACAAAUGCCUGUGUUUUUUUCAGCAAAAUAACUUGAUCAUAUAUUAGGUUUUAAAAAGUCACAAAAAGUUACACAAAAGUGAAAUGUUUUUUGUGGCUGUAUGUUUUGAGAGUAGAACUCACUCUGAAGUAUGCACUGUCUCAUUCCUUACUGAACCGCACAUUUAAUGCACACAUUAUACUACCAACAAGAUGUAGGUGGAAAGAUGAUUUCUGUCCCAGUUUUUGACAUGGUGACACUAUAGCAUUUUACAAAUUAACUUGCUUUUUUGAAAGGAAAUACUAAUGUCCAACCAGCAUGGUUAGUUCUGGGCAUCCUCCUGCAGCAUGCCUUUUAAGGUUUCCUACAGCCCAGACUGAGUGCAUCUAUGUGUAUUGACAGUACUUAAAAUUAUUAGUAUAAUUUUUAUUUUAGGGACAUGUUCAGACCCCUAAAUGUUGUUUGAUUGGCCCUAUUAAUGACCAUGUUGAGCUGAAAUUCAGGAUCUUUUUUAUAACCCUACUGGAGCCAAAACAGAACCAGAUAAGUGAAUUGGUAAAAAAUAAAAUUAAGAGCACUUUGGAUUAAAAGUUGUAAGUUCCAAGCUGGACAAUUCAUCAGCUUCUCUUUUGAUUAAAAGACAAUGUCAACAAUUUUUUUUUUUACGUGUUGUUUAAAGGAAACUUACCAGUCAGAUUAAUUGCUCAAAAAAAAAAAAAUUCAAGGCUGACUGAUAAGUUUUAAAAAAUUCAUUAGUCUUACAGUGUUUUGAAAUACAGUAUCAUUUUAUAUCCAAAGUACUUAACAGAAUUUCCCCUUGGGGAGGUAAGUGGAUAGGAACCUCUGCUAAAUGUUUAUAUCAUAUUUAUUUUAAAACAAGAGAGAUAUAUAUUUUUAA